AAGUGUAGAAAGUAACGGUCCUCAUUGAGCAUAAACUCCUGCCCCACCAGGCACGUGUGCCGUUUGCGGACGUGCAUGACGAGUCCCGCCCGCGCAUUUCUCCGGUUCCGUAGUCACGAGGUCAAGAGCCUUCUUCCAGACACCAUCGUGAAAAAUGGCAUUUUCAACCAACGCUCUUCCAUCGUCACUCCUACCUCUGCAGUCCUCACCAUCCCGUCCGCCCAUCAAAACCCUCUCAAAUGCCAUCAAACCCCCUCUCUUCCUAAGACUGGCCCACCCCAAACCUAGGGUUUCCAAGAUGCUCCCUCCCAAGGCCCUUUCUAAACCAGAGCUAGGGUUUCAGGCAGCCCUUAAUCUCAUCAAAGCUUCCCCACCCACAUGGAAAUCUGCAAUUUUCAACAAUCUCCUCAUUUUCUUGGUGGGUUCUCCUAUCCUCUUAGCCGGGCUGUCGAUCUCUGGGAUUGGAGCUGCAUUCCUGCUUGGGACGCUGACCUGGCGGGCUUUCGGGCCGCCCGGGUUUCUUCUCGUCGCGAUGUACUUUGUCAUCGGUACGGCAGUGACGAAGUUGAAGAUAUCACAAAAGGAGGCUCUAGGAGUUGCUGAGAAGCGGAGGGGAAGAAGAGGACCAGGUAGUGUUAUUGGUUCCAGUGCUGCUGGGUGUGUUUGUGCCUUCUUAUUAAUAAAUGGGAUUGGGGGAGAAGCAUUCUCGCAUUUAUGGCGACUUGGAUUUGUAGCAAGUUUCUGUACAAAGCUUAGUGAUACGGUUUCCAGUGAGAUGGGAAAAGCAUAUGGGAAAACAACGUAUCUAGUCACAACAUUUAAGAUAGUCCCGAGAGGAACAGAAGGUGCUGUGAGUGUUGAAGGCACCGUCGCUGGACUUAUAGCUUCAGUUGUUCUUGCUGCCAUUGCUUGUUUCAUGGGUGAGGUAAAUGUACCAGAAGCUAUUAUUUGUGUGAUGGCUUCCCAGAUUGCAAAUCUCGGGGAGAGUGUGAUUGGUGCUGCACUCCAAGAUAAGGAGGGGUUUCGAUGGCUUAACAAUGAUGCUGUCAACGUGAUCAACAUCUCCCUUGGCAGCAUAUUGGCUGUUGUGUUGCGGCAGAUCAUGCUCCAGAGCUAGUAUCAUCAGUUAAGUAGGAACAUGUUCUCCGUCAUCACCUUUGAUUUCUCUCUUUGGAUUGGAGCUCAUGCUGUUUGAAUUUCUCUCUAACUAUUUUCCACAUGGCCAACGGGUUACUCGCUUUAAUCUACAGAUGUGAUGAAAUGGGCUGUUGGAGAGGUGAGCAUGGGAUGUAAGCCACUAUAGUCAUCGAAGCAUGGAACCUGUGAUGACAUUGAAGUUGUAGCAGGAAAAUUUAUUCCAAUGUCUCUCUUUAUUGAUGAUGCCACAGAAUCGGAGCUGUAAGUUUAACUUGAUUUGCAAGGAUUGAUGAGAGAGAGCAUCAUCUCGUUUUUU